CCAUAAUAUGAUAUGAUACUCUUCCGUACUCUUGUUUGCUUAAGUUAAUUUGAUAUGGUAUUGUUUAAUUUAAAUAAGAGUUAUUACAGGGCAUCUUGUUUUCAUGUACUUAAGUGUGUACGUGUGCUCUAGCGUUCGAAAAUUAGAGGCAAAUCUUCUGACGAAUGCAGCGUGGUAUGUACACAUGCUAUACAUCCAAACGUUAUCAGGGAUCUGCAUGAUGUUUAAUUCUGAGAUCCUGCAGAUCUGUGGUGAAUUUCAGAUGUAUAUAGCUAAAUUUUAGCACAUAUGUGGCACGCACCAAUUUAUAGCACCCGUUCUGGGGUCACAGUGAUUCCAAUGUGACUCCCAUAGUUUGCAUGACUCCCUUAGAUGCAUGUCGAUUUGCGAUGCAAAAAUAUAUCAUGUGCACCUUCAGACUGCGUUAGUCAGAAGAUCUGCCUCUAAUUAAUAGUGAUCAUGGCGAGGGGUAUGUUCUCGUUCUUAAUCUUGUUAUAAUGUUAUUGACGUCUUUUUGUCUUUUUACCUUAAUUACUAUAUAUAGUAAUCUAUAAUUCUACCCGCUGCGAUUCAAGAGCCUAAUUAGCGGUAAUGUACUAAAACAAAUCACAAAGUUUUCUGAUGCUAAACGUUUCUGUGAUGUACGGUACAACUAUAUAUUACCCAGUAAUUAAUGAUGAAUGCCAUUAUGGGGGGUGCCACACAGAUUGUUAGAGUAGUGUGGCUGUUACACGUGCUUUAUUCCUGUAGAAUGAAAAAGCAGAAAGUUGCAGUGUUUGGCUCCAGUCGUCCUCUAGUAGCUUUCUCGUUGAUUGAAGCUGUGGUAUUUCAACGGAUGUACUUGAGAAGCUUGGAUCAUAGAAUGAACCGCCUUAUACUAAGUGACAAGCACAACGAAGCAAAUUUGAAUAAAUUGAAACUUAUUCAUGGUGAACUUCUGAAAUUUCGUUCAAAGUUCAGUUCUACUCCUCUCAGUACGACAACAGCUGGAAAACAGCAGUUUCAGCUGUGGGGAACUGUGGUUGGUCUCCACGAAAUGGCCGCCAAUCUUCUUGAAACAACCAAAGAUCUUCACGACUACUACAACGAUAUAGCUCAACGAGCCAGUCAGAGAAAACUUGACAUGCUCGCCGUCGUUCUUGGCUUUCUCGGUGUUGCGCAGUUGUUGUCUGACAUUUUCUGGGCUUGGAACCAGCCAGACGAGAAGGACGAUAAGAACUUAUUGGUACCCUUCACUGUCAGUGGUGGUCUGUUGGUGGUGGCUAUCAUCUUCUUACUGCUAACUCGACAGCGCUAGUAUAGUUCUUCGAUGUCAUUCUUCUUCUUACUUUUGUCGACACAAUGUUACCAAUUUUUCGUAGCUAGUUGAUUUACGCUGCGCUUUGUGUUCAUUCGUUUUUUUAAAUUUGAGUUUUCUAUAGUGGAAUACACGGCUAUGUGUUGUUAUUAUCUAUACCAGACCUGUCAACCUA